CACACACACACACACACACACACUUCUCGCGUCUGGGCGACACACACACACACACACUUCUCGCGUCUGGACGGCUGUCAUCGCUCAGAAGAUGGUGGCGGCUGUAGCCACAGCGUGUUGCGCGCAGUAGCGGGAGAGCGGAGAGCGCACACUGCGUUUCAGCUGCUCCUUCAUGAAGAAAACGCUCAUAUUACGCGGAGAGACGGCGUUCAUUUCGCUGCACCUCCUUGGAGAGAAUGGCGGGAGUUUACGGCAGCCAGAAUAUCUAAUUAUUCUUGGAUUAAAGUGGAAUUACUUGGAGCUGUCAGGUGGCCACCGGGUAUGCAGCCUGGAGCAGCCACGGAAAGGACCGGAGGACGUUUUCCCGGGGCGCACUGACCAUCUUGAUGGAUUGGCGACAUGUGGAAGGAACGCAGGAAUAGAAGUGCUACCCGUAAGGAGCGUCACCUACACGCCCUUUAAAUAAACCCUAAUAUCUCACAAAAGCCCCCUUGAGUUUGGAUCAGUGGGUUGGAGACGCAGCGCCGCUGGAGUCACCGCAGCGGGAAGUCAGGAAAGGACGGGGCUCUGUCCGUGGGAACAGCUGCCAUUAGGCCCCGGAGCAAGCAUGUGGCUGCCCAGCCCGAGUGGCAGGCCUCUGCUCUCUGAUGCUGACUCAGUUUGCAUGAAAAGUUUUUCCCGGUAAUCAAAAUCGCAUUUGAGUAAGUUUUAGUGCUUUUGCUGAGUGGAAGUGCAGACCAAUAAAAAAGACUUGUGACCCAAGUGAGAUCUCUAAAGGGAAGAUCGUUUUCCUACUCGUUAAGAAGUCUCCUAAAUCCAUUAUUGACUUAAUUACCAUUCAUUCUCCUCCUUAGGCAGUAUUUUCUGAGUUUUAUUAAAUGUUUUCCAAUGAGUGAAGCAAAGUGCAGCCUGCUGAGUCAACUUGGACUGGAACAGAGCAGGCAGCCAGUGGACCAUCUAGCCUCAAGUGUGUCAAAACAGACGGGAAUGUAGAGGAAUGCAGGGACUGACGUCAAUAAUGAGGUACUCAAAAUCUUUGGAUGGUUUUCUGGUUUUGCUUCAGCCCGAGUGCUGUCACCUAUACGUCGGGUUCUGCUUGUGUUCUCUUCUGGGCUGCACUGCUACGUUUCAUCAGUUGUGGACACUUAGUUUGCCUUAACUUUCUAAUUUCCCACAGAUCCUUGUCUUUUCAUUUGUGGAUAGAGUAAAAGGCAGCAUGGCAUCCCCCCAACAUCAGCAACUGCUGCCUCACAACACUGAGGUCAGCUGUGACUCCAGUGGAGAGGGUGGCGUUUCAGUGAAAAUAGGCAGUAGCGUCAAACACAAGCAUGGAGGAGGACCACUGAGUUCGAUCGGUGGCGGAUUCAUAGGCGGAACAAAACAUUGCAAGUACAGCAUUUCCUCUAGUUGCAGUUCUGGAGAGUCUGGAGUGAGGAGACCUGUGGUCAAAAGUUUUCGCGGUCACAAGAGGAUGCCUCAGCUGUUUGAGAGAUCAGCAGGUCAUUUCUGGGAUCCAAAGUUUGACUCGUCGAUCCUGGAGGAGGCUUGUAGAGAACGGUGUUUCCCCCAGACCCAGCGGCGCUUCCGCUACGUCCUCUUUUAUCUGGUUGCUGCUAGUUUCCUCUGGGGAUUGUAUUUUGCUGCCAAUCCUCGAUGCGACAGGGUUGUUUUUCUGCUCCCCACUGCUUCCUUCCUCCUCUUCUGCCUUCUGCUCUUCCUCUUAACUUUUACCCAGCUGUACUCUCGCUGCUACGACCAAGCCUCUUUGCUGCUUGUCUUUGUGACCUUUCUCCUGACCCUGGCCCCUCAGAUCCAAACGUUAGGUUUCAGAGAGCUAGACACUCCUGCGCUCGAAGCGGAAGAAUUCAAUGGCAGGAGACGAGCAGACAACCAGUCUUAUGAGGAUCUUGUGGAAGAAAACAUUAGGUCGCCCUGUCUUUCUUCUGUUGGCACGUUCUCCCUCUGUAUCGAGGUUCUCCUCUUACUCUACAGUGUUCUCCACGUCCGUCUCUUUGCCUCUGUCCUGCUCGGAUUUCUUUACUCUGUCUUGUUUGAGAGUUUGGGCUGGUUGCAACUCACCCAGUCAGAGGAGAGCUGGAGCUUAGCUGCUUCCUCAGACUGGGACACGCUCAGAUGGUUGGGGCCAGCCAAAGUGUUGCUUCAUCUCUGUGCUCAUGCCAUAGGCAUCCACCUGUUCGUCAUGUCUGAGGUGCGUUCUCGCAGCACUUUCCUUAAGGUUGGACAAGCUAUCAUGCAUGGCAAGGAUCUGGAGGUGGAAAAAGCCUUGAAGGAGAGAAUGAUUCACUCCGUUAUGCCCAGAUUAGUGGCAGAUGAGCUGAUGAAGCAGGGUGACGAGGAGAUAGGCAGCGAUUAUUCUGCCAAACGUUACUCCACCAGUGGAGCAGCUGCUGUCAUCUCCAGCCCCAAAAACAAUAAACGGAAAAAAACAUCCAUCCCUAAAGGCCAGAUCAUCUUCAGACCCUUCAACAUGAAACGAAUGGAGCCCGUUAGCAUCCUUUUUGCAGACAUUGUGGGCUUCACCAAAAUGUCUGCCAACAAAUCUGCUCAUGCUCUAGUUGGGCUCCUAAAUGACUUGUUUGGACGUUUUGAUAGACUUUGUGAGCUCACUGGCUGUGAAAAAAUUAGCACUCUAGGAGACUGCUACUAUUGUGUGGCUGGUUGUCCAGAACCCAGACCGGACCAUGCUUAUUGCUGCGUAGAAAUGGGCCUGGGCAUGAUUCAGGCAAUCGAGCAGUUCUGCCAGGAGAAGCGGGAGAUGGUGAACAUGAGAGUGGGCGUUCACACGGGCACUGUGCUAUGUGGUAUUCUGGGCAUGAAGCGCUUCAAGUUUGACGUUUGGUCAAAUGAUGUCAAUCUGGCCAAUCUGAUGGAGCAGUUGGGUGUAGCCGGGAAAGUCCACCUAUCGCAAGCCACCUUCAACUUCCUGGAUGAUCGGUACCAGCAUGAAGAUGGAAAGGUCAACGAAAGGAUAGGACAGAGCGUGGUGGCUGACCAACUCAAAGGCAUGAGGACCUACCUUAUAUCCAGCCGAAGGUUUGAGCCUCACUGUAGCUGCUCUCAGAUGGGCCCGUCUGCACCAGAACAUGCUCAUGUGCCCAGGUUGCACACUCCCGAUGGAGCCUCCUUGACUGGCUCCCUUCCUCCAGACAAAACCAAGUCCCCCUGUCUGUCCUGCAGUAUGACCCUGAUGGCAGGGGAGGAUCCAGCUCUGGAGGAAGGAAUUGUACACAAUGGCUGCCACGAGGACACCAAAACUAACAGCAAGGACUCUUCAAAUCUGAAGUGCUCCCCUGCUGUAUCUGCUGGGCGCAGCCCCAAAACUGUGAAUGGCUUGCUCAGUCCGCAGCUAGAGGCCUUGACUAGCAGCCAGACGUCACUGUGUGAGAUGCUACAGGAAAAGGAGAAGAAGUCGUGGACUGGAGGAGCUAUGGGGAUGGACCACUCGGCUCUCAUCCCACUGCGAUCCAAAAACUUCAGGGAAAGGAGUGAUGCUCAUUUUGUGGAUGUUAUCAAGGAGGACAGUCUUAUGAAGGACUAUUUCUACAAACCUCCAUUAAAAAAGCUCAGCCUCACCUUUUUGGAGAAGAACCUGGAGUCUACGUACCGGAUGAGCUACCAGGAGGAGGUGGAGAUCCAAGCAGCAAUGCAGACAUUUGCCAGCCCAACAUUCAGUUCUUUCCUGGACAUGUUGCUCUGCUGUUUGGUUGUCGUAGCUCUUUCACUCGCUUGUUUCCUUCGGCCGCUUGUGACCCAGCAGAGCCUUUCCACACCAGCUCUGAUUGUAACGGCGGUGGCUGCCCUGUUGGAGGCUCUGGCUUUGCUAAUUGCUGUACGUGUGGCCUUUUAUCUGGACAGGAUGCUGAAGUGCACUCGGCUGCUGAUGAGAGCCAUCUCGGGCUGGGUGAUGCGUCACUUUGUAGGAGCUGUUCUGGUGUCUCUGCCUGCUGUUGCAGUCUUCUCCCACGUCUCCUGUGACAUGCAUCUCUCUAUCCAGUUCACCAUAUUCAUCUGCUGUGCCAUCAUCAUAGCCAUUAUUCAGUAUUGUAACUUCUGCCAGCUCAGCUACUGGAUGCGCUCUACAAUAGCAACACUGGUGGGACUGACGAUGCUACUCUUGCUCUUCAGCUCCCCCUGCAGGUUUGAGAACCAGAACAAUGUUACCAACAGCUCCAUCUUCCUCUUAUCAGACAGCUCAGCAGGUGCUGACCCACAAAACAACCCAAAAGACCUUCUUGCUCCUGAAGUCUGCGUGGCCUUUUUCCUGCUCCUCCUCCUGGUCUGGUUCCUUAAUCGUGAAUUUGAGGUCAGCUACCGUUUACAUUACCAUGGCAACGUGGAAGCUGAUCAACACCGCAUCAAGAUUCAGAAUAUGAGGGACCAAGCCGAUUGGCUGCUUCGAAACAUAAUCCCGAUCCACGUUGCGGAGCAGCUCAAGGUCACCCAGAGCUACUCCAAGAAUCACGACAACGUGGGUGUCAUAUUUGCCAGUAUUGUUAACUUCAGUGAGUUUUACGAAGAGAGCUAUGAGGGAGGCAAGGAAUGCUACCGUGUUCUGAAUGAGUUAAUUGGGGACUUUGAUGAGCUUCUGCGCAAACCUGCCUUCACAAAUAUUGAAAAGAUCAAAACUAUCGGCGCCACCUACAUGGCGGCGGCUGGACUUAACGCUCAGCAGUGUGCAGACGCAGCUCAUCCCCACGCUCACCUUCGUGCUCUUUUCGAGUUUGCCCUGGAGAUGAUGCGAGUAGUGGAUGACUUCAACAAGAACAUGCUUGGCUUCGGCUUCAAGAUCCGCAUUGGCUUUAACCAUGGCCCUCUGACAGCCGGGGUGAUCGGCACAACCAAGCUUCUCUAUGAUAUCUGGGGUGACACUGUCAACAUUGCCAGUCGCAUGGAUACAACAGGAGUGGAGUGUCGAGUUCAGGUCAGCGAAGAGAGCUACUGUGUGCUCAGCGGUAUGGAUUAUGAAUUUGAUUAUCGGGGCACAGUUAAUGUGAAGGGCAAAGGUCAGAUGAAGACCUUCCUUUACCCUAAAUGUAGUGACAGUGGCCUUGUACCUCAGUACCAACUCUCAGUGUCACCAGAGAUCCGAGCACAGGUGGACGGCAGCAUCGGGCGCUCUCCCACUGAUGAGAUUGCUAGUAUGGUGCCCGCAUCCAGCGGGACUGCAAGCAGCGCCAUUACUAUGGUGCCCAGUGCCAGCACUGGUUCCUCAAAUACAGCAGGGCUAAGUCAAACGAAAGAGGCAGACAUUUGUGAAAGAUGUCCAUCCGUAGGGACAUCUCAUCCCAGAAGAUCCAUUUCUCACAGUGGCUUAACAUCUAUACCUGUUACUAAUCUUGAAGGACAUUCUCUAAAUAACAAACUAAUUAUCUCAGCCUCAACCCAGCAAAAUACACUCCAGAAUCCAACAAGACCACCGAAAGACGUCAGAGACAAACAAGGGACCGAUAAUGACAAUGUUGGAGAGUUAACCAGGCUUUAAGUAUUUGCUGUAGUGGCACUUUUAUUAUCAGCCUUCGACCCUUUAAGCCCGUGUUCACACUAGCUGACAUGUGUACAAACUCUGGAUUUUGUCCUACUUCAGGUAAAGAUGGGACUUUAAGAAGGACGCAUUGCCUUCUUUAUCUGCCAGGUUGUUUGUGGUGUAAAUACGAGUGGCUGAUGUUAUCAAAGGAGGACCACACAAAGGGCGACAGGCAGGAAGACAGGAAAUAGAAAAAUGUGACGGCAUAUGCUGAUUCCCUCUUGGCAAUCCCAUUGUCAGCCAUUUCCUUACUCCAUUAUCUCUGCACCUUUAAUCUAGAUUAUUUUGUUCACAUGUCUUUUAAGUGCCUUUAGAAUAGAUACGAUAUCAACUAGGCCCAUUUGUCUGAGAAUAACAAACUAAAGGGAAAACUAUGACUAAGAAAACCUUCGGAGAAAAAAAAAGCGUUGCUUCUGUACAGGUGUACUUUUGAACUAAGUUUUUGCUAUGAUCAUUCUGCCUUUUUUAAUCUAAAAUGUAAUCAGUAAUGUGAAAAGCAUUAAAACAUGUAAAAGUGAAGUACGUGAAGGCAAAAUAAAAAUGAUAAACACUGCACAAAGAUGCUGAUGCUGCUGGACACGUUACAAGCCGAAAACUCCUCGUGAGAGCCCCAGCCAGGACUAAUUGAUACAACACUGACAAGGCUGUGUGUAUUUGCAUUAAGUAAGCUGUGUGUGUGUGUGUGUGUGUGUGUGUGUGUUUGUGUGUGUGUGUGUGUGUGUGUGUGUGUGUGUGUGUGUGUGUGUGUGUGUGAGAUUGUAUAAUAAAGCCAAGCAAAGUUUACGAGGAGAGUUGCCUGUGGGUCACUCAGAUAACUUGGUCCAAUUACAACAGUACCAACACUUAAGGACGGUCUCUGGAGACUAAAAAAAGAAAUUAAUUUGCUGAUGUGGCAGCUUGCUCUCAUACCACAAUUGAGUUAUUUUUAUUGCCACAACACCAAGGGAUGAUUCCCUCAACUAUAUUUAUUCUGCAUGGGCUUCUAGUGUGUGUGUGUGUGUGUGUGUGUGUGUGUGUGUGUGUGUGUGUGUGUGUGUGUGUGUGUGUGUGUGUGCGCGUGUGUGUGUUCUGCGCUCAUGAUCCAAACUCUUGUGGGAACUGUGUUAAUGAGUGUAUAAAUGGCUUCUAUAAGGAGCUGGUAAAACUACGGAAGGACUAGAGGAGAAGAAACUGCCUAAAAUUUAGAAAUGAUCACACUGUGUUUUAAAGUAUUUGAUAGUUCUUUCGAUAAUCGAUAAUCAGUAGAAUGUGAUGAAUAUCUUUGUGUUUAUUGUUGCAUUGAACUUGAACUGUUUGCUGUUUAGGAUUCAAAAGAGUGUACUGGAUGCAAACGGCUCGAUGCGUUUGCUGCCUCAAACCUUCUGCUGCAUGGAACUUCGUGUGACAGCACUGUAAAUGCAAAAGCAGUGAUUUUUAAGCUUUAAUCGCUUUUGUCACGUGAAUUAUUAUUUAUGUAUCUAGCACAACAUUUUCUGUCAGUUAUUUUUCUGAAGAACGAAGGAUUGUGUGCUCAGAGGCAAACGGGUUUACUACAUUCACAUGCUUGUCUUAAUUUUAUACAGAUAGAACAUCACCUCGUAUUUCUUUCAAACUGCCAUUUCAUAUUGAGAAGUAUAAAAAAAUGGCAAAAACAGAUGACCAAUCUGCCUUUGUGUAUCCAUAAACAAAUUCUGCCACUGUUUGUGUGCAAUAAUUUCAUAACUUUGCUUCGUCUUGUACUAUAAUGGUUAGAUAGCUUGUGCCUUCCAACGGUUCUCACUUUAGGUUGCUUUCAUUGUGACAAUUUUGAUAAGAGCUUGGGAUCUGAGCAGUGCCUUUUCUGGAUGUGUACAAUAAAUUGUAAAUGUACACAAUAACAUUUGACAUUGUUUGCUGUUUAAAUCCAUGUAAGGGGUUCAUUUCCAUUUUGAUAUUAUGUGCCCUAUAGAUGUCUUAAGUGUAACAACAACAAAGGUUAAAAGGGAAAAACACAUUUUUGCAAAUGAGCACACAACCCUUGUAGCAGCCCAAACUUUGUUGGUGACUCUUCAAUAAAGGGAUAAUAAAUGCUCAUCUAUGGUUAAGUGCUGGUAGGGGUAAUGAUUAAAGUGUUACUGUAAAACAUAAAAUUGUAUAUUUUUUUUGUAAUUUUGAUAAACUCUUUUGAAUCACGUGUUUUUUGUGAAAUAACAUUUUUGAGACAAGAAAUGAAGACACACAUUUGUAGCCUCAGAUUUGAUUCUGUCCAGCUUUGUUUAUUGCAUGUACACGAGCAUUCAGGUUUGUGUUGAAUCAGUUGCAUUUAUUGAGAUGUAAGUGACAUUCUCUACCAGCAGAAAAGGGAAAACCAUUGCCAAAGAGUGUCAUUAUCAUCUCUUGCAACCUCUUUGUAUAUUGUCUUCAUUUUCAGGUUGUUUUUCCACAAUCAAAGAUCAUACACACACUAAAAUGUUAAAAUGCAAUUGCACAAGGCUGCAGUUUUUAUGUACAGCAAGCCUUUCUAUUGUAAAGUAUUUGAGCAUUUUCUAUUAUUUGUAUAAGUGCAUGCACUAGAGUAUUAAAUAGUUUAAAGAGCUGGACAACUUAAACAAGAUUAUUCCAACAGUGUUAAUUUGCAUGUAUGUAAAUAUGUAUGAGCGUUUGUAAAAGUGUGUUUUAGAAGGAAUGGGAUUUAACUUUAGCAAAAAGUGUGACCUGCUGAGGCAUCAGCCAAUACAGAUUUCCUUUUGUUUCUAACAUAACUUAUUAAAUAAAAUGAGGACUGAUAUAAUAUUAAAUCUGCAAGUAGUUGGCUUUGGGCUAGUUGCUUUUGAUUCUGCUAAUGCAUUUUUUUCUUUUGAUUUUGCAAAUGUUUUGUAUAUAGCACACCAACAGUUCAAAUUAAAUAAAAAUGGUUGCUGGGAA